AUGCCUUCUUCUUCCCCCAAAUCCUUCUACCCUCGCCCUCCCCCUCGCAGAACCUCCUUCCUCAUCUUCGCAUGCCUCUUCCUCUCCCUCUCCGCUUUCUUCUUCGCUUUCGUCAGACCCCUUUGGGACCCUCCCUGCCCCACCCGCACCCCCACAUCGGUUCGAGUCCUCUGGGACCACCGUCCCACCGCCGACCGCAAUUCUGAGGUUGAGAACAAACACAAAGUUAUGGCCUUUGUGGGAAUUCAAACCGGGUUCGGAUCCGUCGGGAGGCGCCAAUCUCUCAGGAGCACUUGGUUUCCUUCCGAUCCACAUGGACUUCAAGGAUUGGAAGAAGCCACUGGCUUGGCUUUUAGGUUUGUGAUUGGUAGAACGAAUGAUAGAUCGAAGAUGUCUGCACUUCAGAAGGAAGUGGCAAAAUAUGAUGAUUUCAUUUUACUGGAUAUAGAAGAGGAGUACAGUAAGCUCCCAUACAAAACGUUAGCUUUUUUCAAAGCUGCUUAUGCACUUUUCGAAGCAGACUUCUAUGUCAAAGCAGAUGAUGACAUAUACUUAAGGCCAGACCGUCUUUCAUUAUUGCUGGCAAAAGAGCGAUCUCACCCUCAGACCUACAUAGGAUGCCUGAAAAAGGGCCCUGUUUUCACUGAUCCCAAACUCAAAUGGUAUGAGCCACUAUCUAAUUUGCUUGGAAAGGAAUAUUUUCUUCAUGCUUAUGGUCCUAUAUAUGCUCUUUCUGCCGAUGUUGUCUCAAGCUUGGUAGCACUUAAGAAUAACAGUUUCCGGAUGUUCAGCAAUGAGGAUGUUACAAUUGGAGCUUGGAUGCUUGCAAUGAAUGUCAACCAUGAGAAUAGUCGUGAACUUUGUGCUCCAGAGUGUACUUCUACUUCAAUUGCUGUGUGGGAUAUUCCCAAGUGUUCAGGUCUCUGUAAUCCAGAAAAGAGAAUGCUGGAACUCCAUCAACAGGAAAGUUGUACUCAGAGUCCAACUUUGAACUCUGAUGAAUAG